UUCCCAUAAAAUAAAAGCGGCACGGCCACGCCGUGACAGAGCUUUGCCGCUGGCAACCGCUGAACUCGCCAGCGAACCUCUGGGCUUCUCCCCAAAAGCACCCUCUCUCUCUUCUCCUCGCCGCGAAAAAAAUCCCCUUCACUGCAAGCCACGUGCCAGUGUUCAGGACGCAGCAGGAGAGGAUGGAACCGUCUUCGUCGGGCUCCGCCAAGGCACGGCGGAGCAGCAGCGGCGGCAGCUGGGGCAGCGUGGGCGGCGGCGGCGCCGACCCGUUCGAUAUCCCAGCCAAGGGCGCCCCCGUCGAGCGGCUCAAAAAGUGGCGGCAAGCAGCUCUUGUCCUGAAUGCAUCAAGGCGCUUCAGGUACACGCUAGACUUGAAAAAAGAGGAACAAAAGGAGGAAGUCAUAAGAAAAAUUCGUGCGCAAGCUCACGUUAUAAGGGCUGCAUUCCGCUUUAAAGAAGCAGCUCGAGUCAAUGAUCAGCCAAAGGAGACAAAGGCAUCACAUGUCGAUGGUGCACUUGGCUUUGGAAUUAAAGAAGAUCAGCUUACUGCACUGACCAGAGAUCAUAACUACUCUGCUCUGCUGCAGUAUGAAGGGAUUUCAGGGGUAGCAAGUAUGCUAAAGACAGAUACAGAGAAGGGAAUCAGUGGAGACGAGUCAGAUUUGACGGCGAGACAAAAUGCAUUUGGGUCUAAUACAUACCCUCGUAAGAAAGGAAGAAGCUUUCUGGCUUUUGUGUGGGAUGCUUGUAAAGAUUUGACCCUCAUCAUCCUCAUGGUAGCAGCUGCUGUUUCUCUGGCCCUGGGCAUCACAACAGAGGGGAUAAAAGAAGGCUGGUAUGAUGGAGCAAGCAUCGGUUUUGCAGUUCUGCUGGUUGUUUUUGUUACAGCUACCAGUGAUUACAAGCAGUCGCUGCAGUUUCAGAAUUUGAACGAAGAGAAACAGAAUAUCCACUUGGAGGUAGUUAGAGGUGGAAGGCGAAUCAAGGUAUCCAUAUAUGAUUUGGUUGUUGGUGAUGUCGUGCCACUCAAGAUUGGAGACCAGGUGCCUGCUGAUGGGAUCCUUAUCAGCGGUCACUCCUUUUCCAUAGAUGAAUCGAGCAUGACAGGAGAAAGUAAAAUCGUAAACAAAGACCAGAAGUCACCGUUUCUAAUGUCCGGUUGCAAAGUCGCCGAUGGCUAUGGUACAAUGCUGGUGACUGCUGUUGGUAUUAACACUGAAUGGGGAUUGCUAAUGGCAAGCAUAUCUGAAGAUUCAGGUGAAGAAACACCUUUGCAGGUUCGCUUGAACGGUGUUGCUACCUUCAUUGGAAUGAUUGGACUUUCUGUUGCUGUUGUGGUUCUCAUUGUUCUCUUGGCAAGGUACUUCACUGGGCACACCUACAAUCCAGAUGGAUCUCCACAAUAUGUGAAAGGAAAAAUGGGUGUAGGCUCGACAAUACGUGGAAUAGUUAAAAUCUUCACAGUGGCGGUCACGAUUGUUGUUGUGGCUGUUCCUGAAGGACUACCAUUGGCUGUCACAUUGACGCUUGCUUUUUCGAUGCGCAAAAUGAUGAAGGACAAGGCUCUCGUUAGGAGGCUUUCGGCAUGUGAGACAAUGGGCUCCGCAACAACAAUUUGCAGUGACAAGACUGGCACCUUAACUUUAAACCAGAUGACUGUUGUUGAGGCAUACUUUGGUGGAAAGAAGUUAGCUCCUGCAGAUAACACUCAGAUGUUAUCCGCUGCUAUGUUGUCACUGAUUAUUGAAGGAAUUGCCCAGAAUACAACUGGUAGCAUAUUUGAGCCUGAGGGUGGUCAAGCUCCAGAGGUGACUGGAUCGCCAACUGAAAAGGCUAUAUUGUCUUGGGGACUGCAGCUUGGUAUGAAGUUCAGUGAAACACGAUCAAAGUCCUCUGUUCUUCAAGUCUUCCCAUUCAAUUCAGAGAAAAAGCGAGGCGGUGUCGCGGUGCAUCUGGGUGGCUCUGAGGUUCAUGUCUACUGGAAAGGAGCUGCUGAACUCAUUUUGGAGUCGUGCACCAAUUGGCUUGACGCAGAUGGUUCAAAGAACUCGAUGACUCCUGAGAAAGUCGGUGAAUUUAAGAAGUUCAUAGAAGACAUGGCUAUUGCUAGCCUCCGUUGUGUUGCCUUUGCAUAUAGACCUUGUGACAUGGAUGAUGUUCCAAAUGAGGAUCAAAGGGCUGACUGGGUAUUGCCUGAAGAUAACCUGAUUAUGCUUGGUAUUGUGGGUAUAAAGGAUCCCUGCCGCCCAGGAGUUCAAGAUUCUAUACGCUUGUGUACGGCAGCUGGCAUUAAGGUUCGCAUGGUCACUGGAGAUAAUCUUCAAACUGCCAGAGCCAUUGCCUUGGAAUGUGGAAUACUUACUGAUCCCAAUGUGUCGGAGCCAAUCAUUAUGGAAGGAAAGACUUUUCGGGCAUUGCCAGAUUUAGAAAGAGAGGAAGCUGCUGAAAAAAUUUCUGUGAUGGGGAGAUCUUCACCAAAUGACAAACUUUUGCUUGUCAAAGCACUCAGGAGCAGAGGUCAUGUUGUUGCUGUAACUGGAGAUGGCACAAAUGAUGCCCCAGCACUGCAUGAGGCCGAUAUUGGUCUCUCGAUGGGCAUUCAGGGAACUGAAGUUGCCAAGGAGAGUUCUGAUAUUAUUAUCUUGGAUGACAAUUUUGCUUCACUCGUGAGGGUUGUCAGAUGGGGCCGUUCAGUCUAUGCAAACAUUCAGAAGUUCAUACAGUUCCAGCUAACUGUUAAUGUUGCGGCCUUGAUAAUUAAUUUCGUUUCUGCUGUCAGUUCUGGUGACGUGCCGCUAAAUGCUGUCCAGUUGCUCUGGGUUAAUCUAAUCAUGGAUACUCUGGGAGCGCUUGCAUUGGCAACUGAGCCACCAAACAACCAUCUUAUGCAGAGACCACCGGUUGGACGGAGGGAACCUUUGAUAACAAAUAUCAUGUGGAGAAACUUGCUCAUAAUGGCUUUCUUUCAAGUUUCAGUCCUCCUUACUCUGACCUUCAAGGGCCAGAGCCUUCUGCAGUUGAAACAUGAUAACGCAGCACAUGCGGAAACACUGAAAAAUACCUUCAUAUUCAACACAUUCGUCCUCUGCCAAGUGUUCAAUGAGUUCAAUGCCAGGAAACCAGAUGAGUUGAAUAUAUUCAAGGGUAUUACUGGAAACCGCCUCUUCAUGGCCAUUAUAGCGAUAACAGUUGUACUCCAGGUACUUAUCAUCGAGUUCCUUGGCAAGUUCAUGUCAACAGUCAGGCUGAGCUGGCAGCUGUGGUUGGUGUCAAUAGGCCUCGCUUUUCUUAGCUGGCCCUUGUCACUGUUGGGAAAGCUUAUCCCUGUUCCAGACCGUCCAUUCUCAGAUUCAUUUACCUGCUGCAGCCGAGGGAAGAAAGAGGCUGAUGAUGAGAAGGAAGGCAGUGCUAAACAGAACAAUGUAUGAAGUCCACUGUCGGAAUUGAGAGUACCUUGUGCUUUUUUUUGCCAGGCUUUUAACAUGAUGGGGCUGUAAUUAUCUGGUGAUUUGGAUUGUAAAUACACUAGGUUUCGUAUGGAUAGAUCUCACUUUUUGGAAACUUGACACGCUUUCUUAACCAUACGCCUGACCGUUGUGUGCUGACUUGGAAGCUGGAAGUUAGCUUAAAAUGGAUAUUGGAGAAGAGGACUUGCGUUUUCUCUGUU